AUGGUUGAUCCACCGGACCCGAAUGUGUACGACGACGUUGCCCUCAUGGCGAUGGAGGACGGUUCACUGGGGUUUCCCUGCCUUGAGAAUUCCAGCCUUUGUCUGUUCUCAAGGAAGGUGAAUGCAGAAGGAGAUGCAGAAUGGAUGCGCUGCAGGGCCAUCAAGCUGGAGAAAGUUAUACCUGUAGCCAAUCCUGAUGAGGAACCAGUCGUUGUCGGAUGUGCAGAGGGUGUGGGUGUCAUAUUCGUGAGCACAGAUGUUGGCUUGUUCACAAUCAAGCUAAAUUCUGGGCUGGUUAAGAAGGUCGCGGAGUCUGGGAAGUACUUCAGCGUCUUACCCUACAUGGGCUUCUACACUCCAGUUCGUUAUGGUCUGUGGACAAUUAAUCAUAAUGCAAGUAAUGUUUGA